AUGCAUCUUUCAAUUCGACGAACAAAUCAAAAUCCUAUACAGAAAUUAUUAUAUAUUAAUAAUCAUACAUUUGUGAAAUUUGUUGAAAAAUUUGUAAAACCAAUCAAUGACAAAUCAUCAAAUAUUCAUGAAAAUCAUUGUGAUGUUCAAUGUCUUCUUGAACAAAUUCAAUAUCAACACGAAACAUCAAUUAAAUUAGAAAAAGAAUUAUAA